AUGAGGAUCAUCGCAUGGAAUUGUCAAGGGGUGGGGGCUGAGUUGACUACCCACCGACUGGAAAUAUUAUGUUCAAAAUAUUCUCCAGGUUUUAUGUUUUUAUCCGAAACCAAGAAUGAUCGUUUUUUUCUGCAGAAUAUGCAAGUUUCUUUAGGAUUUGAUAACCUUCACACUGUUGACCCAAUAGGGAACAGUGGAGGACUUGCUCUUUUUUAUUCUAAGGACUUUCCGGUUAAGUUGUUAUUUUCAGAUGAUCGUUUGUUUGAUGUUGAGACUCUUAUCGAUGGCAAUAGAGUUUUUAUGACUUUUAUCUAUGGCGAUCCUGUUGUUAAAAACCGAGAUUAUGUUUGGGAAAGACUUAAUCGUAUUGGCAUCUCUCGCUCAGGCCCAUGGUUUAUUAUCGGAGAUUUUAACGAAAUAAUCGGGAACCAUGAAAAAAGUGGUGGCAAGAAACGGUCCGAGGCCACUUUCUUACCUUUUCGAGCCAUGAUUCAAAAUUGCGGCUUUGUAGAUUUCCCAUACCAAGGCAAUCCAUUCUCGUGGGUUGGCCGCCGAAAAAAUGGAGUGAUCAAAUGCCGCUUGGAUAGAGCUAUGGGUAACGAAGACUGGCAUAACGUUUUCUCCCACACAAAUGUGGAGUAUCUCAAAAUGUGGGGAUCGGACCAUAGACCACUCUUAGCAUCCGUUAGCAACAAACCACCACGACAUGUUCACCGUUUCAUGUUCGAUAAGAGAUGGGUUGGGAAACCUGGCCUUGAAGCGGCAGUGAAAGAUGGGUGGGGAAAGCCUUUAACUAUGUCAAAUGGCUCCUUAGCAUCUCGCAUUCGUAAAUGUCGUCGAGCUAUAUCCGUUUGGAGAAAAAGCUUAGUCACUAAUUCUGAAAAACUCAUUAAACUCCUCCAAGAGCAAAUUGAUAAAGCCCAAGAAGAUGAGAAUAUUUCCUCAGAGGCUCUUCGGGAUCUGAAAUGGCGGUUAGUUGCAGCAUAUCGGGAAGAGGAAUCAUAUUGGAGACAAAAAAAUCCAUCCUCGGUACUCCACGGGGUUUCGGCAUCGGUUACUGAAGCGAUGAAUGAAAGUCUCACCCGUGAGAUCUCGGAAGAGGAAGUUCGACGAGCUUUAUUCUCUCUAAACCCCGGAAAAGCUCCAGGACCCGACGGGUUAACAGCAUUAUUUUAUCAGAAAUUUUGGGGUACAAUUAAGAUGGAUCUCCUCCAGACGAUUAGAGAUUUCUUUUCUUCAGGGAAGUUUGACGCACAACUAAAUGAGACAAACAUUUGUCUAAUCCCGGAAGGAGAUAAGCCACGUGAGAUGACUGGUUUCCGACCCAUAAGCUUGUGCAACGUUAGCUAUAAGAUUAUCUCUAAGAUUCUCAGCCUUAGGCUGAAAAAGUUCCUUCCAGAUCUUAUUUCUGAGACCCAAUCAGCUUUUGUAGCUGGAAGAUUGAUCACGGAUAACAUCCUUAUUGCACAAGAGAAUUUCCAUGCCCUCCGUUCUAAUCCUGCUUGCCGGAAGAAAUUCAUGGCAGUAAAAACGGACAUGAGUAAAGCAUAUGACAGAGUGGAGUGGUCGUUCCUCCGUGCCUUGAUGGAAAAGAUGGGAUUUUCCCCCCGCUGGAUUGAAUGGGUGAUGUAUUGUAUCUCGUCAGUAUCCUACAAGAUCCUCCUAAACGGAGAACCGAGAGGAUGUAUUAAACCAUCUCGAGGAAUCAGACAAGGCGACCCCAUAUCACCGUAUCUUUUCAUCUUGUGUACCGAAGCCUUAGUCUCUCAACUCCGUUUAGCCGAAGCACAAGAGAAACUACAAGGCCUCCGGAUCGCUAGGGCUAGUCCCACCACAUCUCACCUUUUAUUUGCAGAUGAUAGUCUCUUCUUCUGUAAGGCUGAACCCGUACAAAGUCGUGAACUUAUUGGCAUUAUCCGCUCCUACGGCGAGGCUUCAGGGCAAAAGAUUAAUUUUACGAAAUCAUCUAUUAUGUUUGGCAACGAUGUUCCAACUAUCACCCGUCAAGAAGUCAAGACCACUAUUGGGAUCUACCAAGAAGGAGCUAUUUGCUCCAAACUUAGAAGUGCAAUUGCCAAUUUUUGGUGGAGCUCCAAGGAGGAAAGCAGAGGUAUCCAUUGGGUAUCUUGGGACUCCCUUUGCACCCAUCUCGCAGAGGGAGGUCUCGGGUUCAGGACUUUUGAAGAGUUCAACCUCGCUCUCCUAGCGAAACAGUUGUGGCGCCUCCUCCGGUUCCCUGACUCCCUACUGAACCGGGUCUUAAAAGGAAGAUAUUACAAAUACUGUAGUCCCCUAGAGAUUACUGUCUCCAACCGUCCAUCAUACGGAUGGCGAAGCAUCUUAGCUGCUAAACCCCUUUUAGCUUCGGGCCUUCGUAAGAACAUUGGAUCGGGGUUUGAAACGUUGGUGUGGUCAGAUCCGUGGAUCCCAGACGACCCGCCCCGACCUCCUGAAGGACUACAUGUUGAACAAGAUCCUCUUCUAUUCGUCAACUCCUUGAUUGAUUUCGAAUCAAAACAAUGGAAAUUAGCCCGACUUCGGGAGCUUUUCCCGCCCAAGGAGAUAGCCUUUAUCCUAGGGAUUCGUCCGAGUCAAUAUGUCUCGAGAGAUGGAUACAGCUGGUCCCUCACUAAAUCCGGUAAUUAUACGGUAAAAUCAGGCUAUUGGAUUGCGAGAUCCCUAUCUCGUCUUGCUUGUGAACCCCCUCUUCAGGGACCUAGUACUACGGUACUGUCGGCGCAAGCUUGGAAGUUAAAAACCACGCGAAAAAUUAAACAUUUCGUAUGGCAAUGUAUUACGGGUUGUCUGGCGACAUGCCAACGUCUAGCUUCCCGCCAUAUUGGAAGGGAUAAAAGAUGUCCCCGGUGCGGUGCAGAGGAAGAGUCUAUUAACCAUGUUAUUUUUGAAUGCCCACCAUCGAAGCAAGUAUGGGCUCUCUCACCUAUCCCUUCGGCACCAAGCAUUUUCCCCCAAGCUUCUAUCUUUGGUAAUCUUGACUACCUGUUUUGGAGAGCUAAGGAAUUUGGAACAUCAGAAGAAAAUCUACGUAUCUUCCCUUGGAUCAUGUGGUUCUUAUGGAAGUCAAGGAACAAAAAAGUCUUCGACAACAUAGAUGAUCCUCCCCCAGAUAUUCUGGAGCAUGCAAUACAUGAGGAGGAAACUUGGAGGAAUGCUAACGAGGUGGACUACACCUUAGAGGUGACAGGAGUUAGAAGAGAGCUUGGAAGUGCGUCUUUGUCGUCCAUCACGACCUGUUACUUUGAUGGCUCUUGGCACGCUUCAGAUCCUCUCAGUGGCCACGGUUGGCUGGUAUCGUUGGGAGACAGAAUACUCAGAGUUGGACUUAGAAGCUCAUCGCGUAGUCUAUCGCCCCUCCAUGCCGAGCUAGACUCUCUUCUUUGGGCUAUGAAGUGCAUUCUCUCGACCAACAUCCAAUGUGAAACUUUUGCGACGGAUUGCCUUGACCUCCUAGCUAUGACGGAUUCCCCAGCUGAGUGGCCUACAUUUGCAGCUGAACUUGGGGAUUUCAAAGCUAUGUUUUCUCAAUUUAGAUCCUUUAAAUUAGUUUAUAUAUCUCGUCUUUGUAACGUCCGUGCGGAUAAACUUGCCAAGAGUGCAAGAACACGAGGUUUAAGAUUUUCCCAUGUAAACUUUUCAGUUCCGGUUUGGCUUUCUCUUGAGGAGAGUCUUUUACCACAAACUUAA